CCGAGUGCAGGGUUGGUGGAGAAGGCACAAUGGCGGCGUUGGGUAUAGCGCCCCGGGGAUGGGCUCUGACGGCCCUGGGCCUGAGGACGGUGAACUCCCGGCUGAAGGGCAGCAGGCCCCUCCGCACCUCCUGGCGCCCGCCGCUGAUGCCACCCGGGGCGCCCCCGCAGGUGGGCAUCUCCUUGCGCUGGGAAUCGUCCGCCACCUCCUCUUCCUCCUCCGCUCGCUCCCAGACUCCGGGCUCCGAGUCAAAUGAAGGUCAGAUUCGUCUCACUGAGAGCUGCGUUAAGAGGCUUCUGGAGAUCACAGAAGGGGCAGAGUUCCUCAGGCUACAAGUGGAGGGAGGUGGAUGCUCCGGAUUCCAAUACAAAUUCUCUCUGGACACAGUUAUCAAUCCUGAUGACAGGGUGUUUGAACAGGGCGGGGCUCGAGUCGUGGUUGACAUUGAUAGCUUGGCCUUCGUGAAAGGGGCCCUGGUGGACUUCAGCCAAGAAUUGAUCCGAAGUUCAUUUCAGGUGUUGAACAACCCUCAGGCAGAGCAGGGAUGUUCAUGUGGGACUUCAUUCUCUGUCAAACUAUAACGUGUGAGAUGACGAAUGACUGGGAGACUGCCUUCUUACUCCAACUUCGGAUUCUUGAGAACCAUAGACUUACAGGGUUUUCUCUAUUGCUAUAUUACUUGAUCAAUUUCCUGUUCCCCAGCCCUGGAGUUCCAUAUCCUUUCAGUCUAUAUCACAAUGUUUAGUUUUCUUUGUCAACAUCAACAUGCCUCCAAGAACAUCCCAUGUAACACUUGGUCUCAUAGUUAAGUGGAAAGUUUUCAAGCUCCCCAGACUAUUGCCUCAGAACCAGUUGCCUGGAGACUAGGAUAUUGACUUUAGCCCCAAAGUUCCAAAAUGCAAGGAUAACAGCCCUGGCCUUCAGAGCUGCUUGUAUAUGUGUGUAUUAUUAGUGUAUAGUAUAUAAAGUAUUUAUUUUUAAAGAAAGUGUUACUUAUUCAAUCUUUUGAGGCAGAGGUGAGAGUUGCCUGUAUGAUUUAUGAGAACUGAGAUGUGGGGGAGGAGGGGUAGUUUGGAAAGAGUUGUGAUUUUCUGUUUUCUUCCUCAUUUCCUGGCAGCUGAUCUUUUUGUUUCACCAAGAAAAACUUAGGAUCAAUGCUGUAUGACUCUCCUUUCUGACAUAAGCUUAUUGUCUUUUCUGGAGCUCAGGCCCCUUCCUCCCACUUAGCAUAAGUAAAGAAAGCACACAAUGUA